AUGUAUUUAUCAAGAUUCCUGUCACUUCACGCCCUCUGGGUUACUGUGUCCUCCGUGAUGCAGCACUACCCUUCCGUGUGGGGACACUAUGACGUGUGUAAGACUCAGAUUUACACAGAAGAAGGAAAAGUAUGGGAUUACAUGGCCUGCCAGCCGGAAGCCAGAGACAUGAUCAAAUAUGUAAAAGUGACUCUGGAUCCCCCAGACAUAACAUGUGGAGAUCCUCCUGAGACUUUCUGUGCAAUGGGAAAUCCCUACAUGUGCAAUAAUGAGUGUGAUGCGAGUACCCAAGAACUGGCUCAUCCUCCAGAACUGAUGUUUGAUCUCGAAGGAAGACAUCCCUCCACAUUUUGGCAGUCCACGACUUGGAAGGAUUAUCCAAAGCCUCUUCAUGUUAAUAUUACGCUCUCCUGGAACAAAACCAUUGAGCUGACAGAUAACAUAAUUAUCACGUUUGAAUCUGGCCGUCCAGACCAAAUGAUCCUGGAGAAAUCACUCGACUAUGGACGAACAUGGCAGCCCUACCAGUACUAUGCCACGGACUGCUUAGAUGCUUUCCACAUGGAUCCAAAAUCAGUGAGGGAUUUAUCACAGCACACAGUCCUAGAAAUCAUUUGCACAGAGGAAUACUCUACUGGGUACAUGACAAACAGUAAAAUAAUCCACUUUGAAAUCAAAGAUAGAUUUGCUUUUUUUGCUGGACCUCGGCUGCAUAACAUGGCUUCUCUUUAUGGCCAGCUUGACACGACCAAGAAGUUAAGAGAUUUCUUUACCAUCACGGAUCUGAGGAUAAGACUGCUUAGGCCAGCAACUGGAGAAAUAUAUGUAGAUGAGCAACACCUGGCACGCUACUUUUAUGCAAUUUCAGACAUAAGGGUAUACGGAAGGUGUAAGUGCAACCUUCACGCUACUGGCUGUAAAGAAGAAAACAAAAGGCUACUUUGUGAAUGUGAGCAUAACACAACUGGCCCAGACUGUGGAAAAUGCAAGAAGAAUUACCAGGGCCGACCGUGGAGCCCUGGUUCUUAUCUGCCUAUACCUAAGGGCACUGCUAAUAUCUGUAUACCCAGUAUUUCCAGUAUUGGUAACUGUGAAUGCUUCGGGCACUCCAACCGGUGCAGUUACAUCGAGCUGCUCAAUACGGUCAUUUGCGUGAGCUGUAAGCACAACACUAGAGGUCAGCACUGUGAGUUAUGCAGGCUGGGCUACUUCAGAAAUGCUUCUGCAGAGCUGGACGAUGAAAAUGUGUGCAUAGCGAACGUAUGUGACAAUGAAUUACUGCAUUGCCAGAACGGAGGAACGUGCAUCAACAACGUGCGAUGCCAGUGCCCUCCAGCUUACACUGGCAUUUUAUGCGAGAAGUUGAAGUGUGAAAGGGAUCCAGGAGGCUGUGGCCAAAACUCCGCCCAGGGGGCAAUGUCACACGGGCCCCUCGUACUGCUGACUGCUCUACUGGGAGCCACUGGGCUUUGCGUGUGCUAG